AUGUCGGCACAGGAGCUCUCGUGGGGACAGAUUGUAAGCAGGAACGACAUCCUGGAAGCGCAGAGGACCGACGGCCUUUGUCAGCGUGUGUCAAGGUGGCUGGAAACAGCAAACCUGCAAGGCACGGAAGACGCUGAGGAGAGGUACGACUCAUAUCAGCUGAGCGAGGAUGGUCUCCUGGUCCGGCUCGAGCGUUGCAGCGACAACGAGGAAACGGGCCCCGUCCACGUACAAGACCUCAAGACCUUCAGCCAGCGUAUCUCGGACAACGGCAGGUGGGAGGAGGACCGCGAUCCAGCAUCGCAAGCCCGCUCUCCCUCAAGUCCCCCUAGGGCCGGACACGAGGAAGACAGGCCGGACGGGCCUUUCAGCCGUAUCGCCAGCCCCGAGGUCGGGGACGUACACCCGGCGCGGAUCACCCGCCACCCCGUUCGACGACCAGUUCCCAGAGCGGAAGGAUCGAACGACACAAUGUCGCCACUUGCACGGUGCUGGAAAGACAUCCUACUGAGCACCCUGCCUCCUAUACCCCUGAGGAGCUUGCUAGACUCUGCCAAGUAUGCUGGGUCCCCGAAACCCACCCAGCAUCCCAUCGAGCAGGAGCCCUGCACCAGACCCAAAAAGCCCCCUCUCGAGCCCGUCUACGACGACGACCCGCCAGUAGCGGAGGACCUGCUUCGGCAGAUGACAGCACUCUGUGCUUUAUUGUCUCAGCAGCUCCCCAGUAGCACGUCCGCCGCCCAGCCGUCCUCGGAACCCCCGCUACGCCUGAACCUGACGAUACUGACAUUUUCGGGCUACAGCGAUGCCAAGACCGUCGAAGAUUUUCUUGUGGACCUGGAGGCUUACCAGACAGCCGUUGGAGCAAUCGACGAAGCCUUCCUGCGCCGGAUACUACCCGCUGCAUUGCGGCUGUUUCCGGAGGAAUUUUUGCCCCCGGAUUAUGCAAUGCUUAUGCGAGAGGAACUCAUGACUCGAACGCAGCACGCGGAGGAGAGCCUGUUGGAAUAUACCCGGGCAAUCCAAGAGCUGUACCGCAGAGCUGAACCGCUCGCGACGGAAAGCGAGAAGGUGGCCCGCGCUAUUCACCAAUGUCACCCUCGUUUUAAGCCUUACUUGCGGGGGCGAAGCUUUUCUUCGCUCGCUGACCUUGCUAAAGAAGCCCGCGUCAUCCAAGCAGAUUUGUUGGCGGAAUUGCAGUACCGCCCACCGCCUAGGCCGGAACAAACACUGGAGCCUAGCUGCACAUGGAACGGGCCGAGACAGUCGUUAGACGCGGAAUUGAACCCCCGCGGGACUGUCGGAACACACGGCGGUUCGUCCGCCGGGCCAAUUCACCGUUCUUUGGAUCCCUUUGCAUAUGAGCAAAGGAACCGAGCGAGGUCGGCACCAGCAGAGCCGCGCGAGCGCGAAGUCGGUGAUGCACGUCAUGCACCGCCGCAGGACAGGCGCGACUCUAGGUGGACGACGCCGGAAACAGAGCAGAACCGGACUGGUGAGGAGACCCAGGAUCCCGGAGCUGGACAAUCUACGUCCGUUGAACUAUUUUCCGGAUCAGAACACCUAACAGCGAUGGUCGUACCCGCUGUUAUGGAGGACGCCCUGAAACGAUUUCCAGGAAGCCCACACCAGCGACGCAUGCUCGCUAAAGCAUUGCGGCCAUUCUCCUGUAUGUUCACAGAGAGACCAGGUCUAACCCAUGCAUUGGAGCACCGGAUAGAAACCGGCGACGCAAGGCCCUGGCGAUGUAAUCCUCGGCCUUUGAGUGUGCAUAAGCGCAAGCUCCUCGUUGCUGCGCUGGAUGAAAUGAUCGAGACCGGUGCAGUGAGACCUUCUCGCAGCCCUUGGGCUUUUCCGGUGGUUCUUGCGCCGAAAAAGGAUGGAACUGCAAGGUUGUACGUGGAUUACCGCCGACUGAACGAGGUGACGGAACACCUUUCUCAUUUGAAAGUGGUAUUAGGACGCAUGCAGACUGCAGGAUUGACUGUCAAUCCCCGCAAGAUGCAGUUGGCUACCAACAGCAUCGAUCUCCUCGGGUUCAAGGUGGAGUCCGGCACGGUCAGGCCGAACGAGGACAAGCUAAAGGCUAUCCUUGAGUACCCCCGCCCGACGGAUGUGAAAAGCUUGCAGCGCUUCCUCGGUAUGAUUGGCUUUUAUAGACAGUUUAUACCGCGAUAUGCAGACCUAACGCAACCGCUAACUUGGCUUUUGCGGAGGGGAGCACGAUGGUCGUGGGGUCAAGCGGAGGAACAGGCGUUUACCUCUCUCGCUAAAGCGAUUGCGGAAACUACCCGCUUGUAUCUGGCGGACCUCAAUCGCCCAUUUGUACUUCAAACAGAUGCGAGCGAUUAUGGCCUUGGUGCAGUCUUGUUACAAGAGCAUCACGGGGAACUCCAGCCCGUGGCAUUUGCAAGCCGUACGCUGACGCCUCCCGAACGCAAUUAUAGCGUGACGGAGAAGGAAUGCCUAGCAAUCAUGUUCGCACUACAUAAGUUCGACAUGUAUUUGGGUGGUGCGAAAUUCACUAUUCAAACUGACCAUCAGGCACUGCCCUGGUUAAAGUGGUUGAAAAACCCAGCCGGACGGCUCGCACGUUGGAGUUUAACGUUGCAGCGAUAUGACUUCUCGGUGGAAUACCGAAAGGGAACCUCAAAUAAGGCGGCAGACGCGCUAUCUCGAGCACCGUUGCCCCUUGAGGACGUCGUUAUUCCGCAGGAGCUUGUGGCCGCGGUUAACCAGACCGUCACGGAGGAUGAGCUCUCGUGGGGACAGAUUGUAAGCAGGAACGACAGGACGCACGCCAUAUCCUUCAGUUUGUCAAGGCCUCUGAACCGCACUAUGAAGGAACAAGAAUACUACAGUAAAGACAGUGACCUGAUGCUGCAUAACAUUGUGCACCUAGAUCGCAAAAAGCAAGAAAUAACGUCGUCCCAAGCAUGCUGGCGAGACAACGAAGAUGAAGCAGUGGAAGCUCUUUCCAAUAGCAUCGAUAUCACAGUGACGGGUGCCAUGGCACAGCUUCUGGUGCUACUCUGGAAGAACAUCGUGAUUCAAACGAUCCGGAGGCACCCUUAUUUUACCCUGCUUGAAUUCGCAGCCAUAAUCGGUAUCUUCUACAUCUACGCGUCAUCGCUUUCUAACAAUUCUUGGGAACACCCGACGUACUCGCCAGCAACGCUCUACCCAGAAUUUUCUGGAACACCUGUUGGGGCGCUUGUGUAUGGCCCAAAUAACUCAUCGCCGUACAUGACAUUUAUCCUUCAAAAUGGGUUUCCGGAAGCCAUACACAACAAUGGAUCUGGGAUUCCGAUCCCGAACCGUCCCGGUUCAACCCUGAAGCCCCUCACAGGGUUCAAGACUUUUGAAGAGGUUAAGGAGUCAUGCUCUAUUUUCCAUUAUUGCUUCUACCUUGCAUCAUCCGGCAAUGACGCAAGCCUGAACUACACCAUCGUCGUACAUGAACCUCAAGGAUAUAUUAUUGAAGAGAAGGCUGUCCCUGCGUACCAACCAACGAUAAGGCCGAACGGAGCUAAGAUUGCUUCUUUGCAAAUGAAACUGGAACGUUCACACAUUGUCUGGCUCGCACAGAUGAAGAAGGUGGAUCCCAAGACAAUUCCUACGGUUGCAACCAGGCAGUUUCCUCAACCAAAGCUUCCCAUCGAUCAAUCAAGUCCAUACGCAAGCGUGUUGGCACUGCUCGUCUUGGCCUUCCUGAUCCCUUUCGCAAUUCAAGUGGGCACUAUCGUCACUGAAACUGAUACUGGCAUAAAAGAAAUGUUAAAACUCAUGGGACUAAGUGAGUUCGUCUACUGGGUUGGUCAUCUCUGCACGUCGCUUUUCAUCACUGUCACCUCUUGCAUCCCCAUCGGCGUAAUACUUGUCAGUGUUGGAAGUCCCCGUCCCACCAUAGCCGGCGCUGACAUCACUCUUGUUGAGACAGCUUUGCUGGUCUUCUGUAUUCACGUUGGAAUGCACAUCUUGUUUGUGGCCUGCCUUUUUAAGAGAUCGAACGUGGCUGUCACAUUUGCCAUCAUAUAUUGGUUAGUGGUGUCACUCUGGCCAGUUGUCAAGGUUGGUUUAUCACUUGUUCAAUACAUGAUGUAUUCCCGCGUUUGGAAAUUGGCCUUCUGCACGACGCCUGUCAUUGGAACUUAUUACACGAUACUACUUAUUGGACUCGCUUGUGACCUGAAAGGCUCAGCAGGAUGGUCUCUCGUGACGGUGUUCUCUGAAGGAUUAGACAACAUCACCAUACUCGACAUCUGGAUGAUGAUGCUUGCCACAGAUGUGACCAUGGCUAUUCUAGUGUGGUAUUUCACCAGAGUUCUGCCGUGGGUGACUGGAAUACCUCAACCAUUCUACUUUCCUAUCCUGCCGAAUUACUGGAAUCCCAGGGUGACAGUCGAUAACGUAGACACGACACCCACAGCGCCGCAGGAUCCUGCACGGUUUGAAAGAGACCCGAAUGCAGAAGCUGUAAUCGCGAUAAAAGGACUCCGUAAGAAUUUCGGAGGCAAUACAGCAUUGAAUGGCAUUGACGUCAAAUUUUUCAAGGGCGAAAUCACGGUGCUCCUAGGUCAUAACGGGGCUGGUAAGACUACCAUGAUGAGCAUCUUAACGGGUAUUUUGCCUCCAACAGAAGGCACUGCUGUUAUUUGCGGCUUUGAUGUGGUCAAGAACACAGCAAGCGCACAAAAGAAUAUCGCCCUGUGCCCACAGUUUGAUAUUUUUUUCCCAGAGCUCACAGCGCGCGAGCACUUGGCUUUUUUUGGUUCGUUUAGAGCUCAGUUGUCUGGCAAGGAUUUGGAAGCACGUGUAGCCAACAUUCUGGCUACCGUGAACUUGUCGCCCAAAGCUAAUGAACUUGCGAAAUCGCUCUCCGGAGGCAUGAAGAGGAGACUGAGCGCAGCCAUUGCAAUAGUGACCCAACCGCAGGUUGUCAUUCUAGACGAACCCACGGCCGGGAUUGAUCCAGAGACAAGAAGAGAGCUGUGGGAUAUGUUUCUGAAUUUGAGGAAACAGUGCAGUAUAAUGCUCACCACACAUGAUAUGGAGGAAGCGGACGUCUUAGGUGACAGGAUCGGCAUCAUGGCUCAUGGGAACCUGCUCUGCUGGGGGACCCCAAUCUUUUUAAAGAAGGCAUUCGGUACGGGUUACCAAAUUCAUCUUGCAAGGAGCCACAACAUGAAGGUGGACCAGAUUCUCAGCAUCGUUAGGCGGACAGCUCAUCAUGCUCAAAUUGAUAGCGAGAGCCUAACGGAAGUGAGAAUAUCCCUGGGACUCUCUGAUCCAAAGGGCUUCGAGUCUAUGUUCGCCAAACUUGAGCAGCAAAUGCAGCAUCUGGGGAUUGGAAGGAUCGGCGUUACUGUGUCCACCAUGGAGGACGUGUACAUAAAGGUAAACCUCGAAGAAGGAAAUGUUGGAGACGAAGAAGCACAACAAGCAAAAGACGAAGAUGUGCAGCGGUUGUGUGCUUGCUCAAAGCGGCAUCCAAAUACCUUCCAACAACUGCGAGCUCUUCUGACGAAGCGCAUCAAAUAUCAGUCUAGAGUGUGGUCUCCCUUUCUCAUCGGUGUCAUCUUGCCUAUACUCAUUAUACUGGCUGAGCAGCAUGUCGAACGUGAUACGACAGCAGCGAAUACCGCCCUGUUUGAUACCAUAAAUAGGGCAAUGACGACGGUCAUGUCCUUUGCCUCCUUCUACCCAAAGGAAAUGGUAUUCGUCGAAUACGACAAACAAUUGACUGAUCUCGUGAACAACCGUUAUCUGCCCGUCCUGAAGAGUGAGACUGCGCGUGUUGACGUUGUAGAGAACGCAAAACGUCAUCUCGUCGACUUGGGGAAGGAGAGCUACGCAGACUAUAUCUACGCAUUCGUCUUAGGAGGAACAUUUCGAGGCAACAAGAUUGUGGCGUGGUGGAACCCUUUUUACGGGGCCAGUCAAGUUCUCACGCAGCUUCUUGCAAAUACGGCAGUUCUACGGUCGGUGUCUGGUCAGGACACGGCUCGAAUAACGGCAACACUCGUCAUUGACUCAACCGUGUACGGAGUGAAUAGGACCGCUCGCGGGCAACUCCAAGGGGGUCUCGAAGACUUUGUAUCCUCUAUAUUACUGAACGUUCUUCGCGCUGUGGGGUUUCCAUUGAUUAUGUCAUUCACUGUGGCUGUGACGGUCCUUUUUGCCAUCAUGGAACGUACCAGCAAUUGCAAGGCGCUUCAACUGAUGAGCGGAAUGUCCAGCGUUGUCUUUUGGUUCUCCAAUCUCUUCUUCGAUGCCGUAACUUUUGUUGUGACCUGGAUUAUCAUCUGCAUUAUUUUUAGUUUUCACAACGACACUUCCACAAGUACGAAAGUUGCCGCACUGAUUCUGCUGGUCCCAAUCGCCUGCACGACCAUCUCUAUAAGCUACCUGGCUUCUUUUCUAUAUGACACGGAAGGCAAAGCUUUCGCCAUACUCACGAUCUUCUUCACUCUUGGGGGUACUAUAACGAUUGCCGUUGCUGCAGUUAUCUGGUUGACAAACAUAGGUGGAGAUGAUGGAUCAACACGGGUCAUCAUCCACACAGUGUUGUCCAGUCUGCCGACAUGCAUUGCGCCAUACAGCAUAAUUAAACUACUGGGAGUGGACAACGUAAAUAAGAAAUGCUUGAAGUAUGCUGGAGACCCUGCUGGAGAUCCUUGGCUAGGCCUACAGUCAUACUGCCCUCCCGGGGAGAAUCCGUACGGCCUCACAUAUUGCUGCGAACGUACGUACUGA